AAGAUAACACACACCAGCAAAAUAAUGGACUUGGUUUCCCCACAAAGCAAUCCAAAUAACUUUCCAACACCGAUCUUAGCCUCAAACUUCGUAGCAAACAGCACUUUAACGCCUACUUCCACCACCACUGCGACUCUACCUGCACCGUCCACUCCGAGUCGAUAUGAGAACCAGAAGCGCAGAGAUUGGAACACUUUUUGUCAAUAUCUGAGAAACCACAGGCCACCAUUGUCGCUUUCAAUGUGUAGCGGUGCUCAUGUUCUCGAGUUCCUUAGGUACCUUGAUCAGUUUGGGAAGACCAAGGUUCAUAACCAGACAUGUCCUUUCUUUGGUCUCCCGAACCCACCGGCCCCUUGCCCUUGUCCUCUUAGACAAGCGUGGGGUAGCCUUGAUGCUCUCAUUGGCCGACUCCGAGCCGCUUAUGAGGAACAUGGGGGCAGACCGGAAGGGAACCCUUUUGGAGCUCGAGCUGUUAGGAUUUUCUUAAGGGAAGUCAGGGAUUUCCAGUCCAAAGCAAGAGGUGUUAGCUAUGAGAAGAAAAGGAAGAGGCCUAAGCAAAAGGUGGCGCCACCACUAGCUCCACCGCUGCAACCAGCAGCCUUUGCUGAUGCCACUGCUACUAGAAGUACUAUAUAAUCGAAAGAAGAAUAGGCUCCUUUUGCCAUCAACAAAUUGUCUGAACGAUAUCGUUUCUAUGGGUUUUAUUUUCUUAAGGUAUUUCUCUUGUGGUCUACUUUGAUAGUUCAAUGGCUUAUUUCGUUAAGAGUUAUGUGUGUGUGUGUGUAUUGGUCAAUGCCAAUACUAGUAGAUAUUAAUGUAACGAUGUCUAUGUUGUUUCAUAUAUAAACAUGACAUUUAUCUAAAUUACUCUCCUUCUGUCAUGAAUCAACCAGUUCCCCGUUUGCUUAAUUAAAUAAUUAUAUCUAUAGAAUUUACCGAAAUUAAG